AUGGGAGCAAGGUAUGUUGCUACAUUUACAACGUUUUUUUAGAACGGGAUGAAGCAGAGUAGAGAUGUGGUGCUAACAUGGAUAACUCAGUUGUAAAGAUCAAAAGACUGCCUUGGCUAUAUGCCUUCAGAGGUCACCCUGUGUGUUAAUACAGCGAAACACUCCGAAGGAGUGCUUGACAAAUCCAGAACUAAAGAAAGAUCUUCCCGAGUUGUGCAAGGCCAACUUUAGAGCCUUCAUGGACUGCAAGAACGGGAUAUUUGACAUGAGGAAAAGAAUGAAAGGCAAUGCACCGUUGUCGACUGGGAAAUUUGACGAGCAGUACGAGAACCUAAGUAGUGGUAAUUUCGAUCCAGUAGAAGAGGUGAGGAAAUUGGAGGUCUUGAAUAGAAAUCUUUCGAAACAGCAGCAGUUGAAAGAGGAGAAGGAGAAGCAGCGGUUGAAUAGCGAAAGCCUGUGA